AGAAUUCGUCCUCGGUGGAGCCGGGACACGAGCAGGGACACGACCUCUCCUCCAGCAGCAGCGGCUGUGCCGAGCAGCAGCUCGGUGCCCGGGCACGCACAGAGCUCUUUGCUCUGGGGAGGGAAAGGAUCGGCGCCUCCACCUGUGCUGGCAAAGCACCUUCGGACAGCGAGGAGCCGAGGGGAGAAGCUCUCAGGGCGGCACCGAGGAGCGAGCAAGGCCGGCGGCUGCUGCCAGCCGAGCUCGGGAGGUCCCGGAGGGUGGCAGGAGCAGCAGGGAGGGACCAGCUGCCACCUCCACGUCACCUUGUGUCCCUGCUGCCAGCGCAGGAGCCGGGCACUGCCUUGGAGCGGCCAAAGGCACACGGGUGACUGCCGGGGCAGCAGCAGCAGCAGCAGCAGCUCCAUGUCGUGGGGCACAGGGCAGCACCUGCCCCCCGGGCUGCCCCGGGCCUCUCUGCGCAAAUCAGCAUCGAUGUACACUGAAAUACAGCGGGAGCGACCAGAUGGUGGGAAUAUCCUGACUCACCCAGACUACAUAGAUGGAAACCCAGACCUCAUCAAACCUAAAAAGCUCCUAAAUCCUGUAAAAGCCUCGAAGAGCCAUCAAGAGCUGCACAGGGAGCUGCUGAUGAACCACAAAAGAGGUUUGGGUGUGGACAGCAAGCCAGAGCUGCAGCGAGUGCUCGAGCACCGCCGGCGAGACCUGCUCAUCAAACAGAAGAAAGAAGAGGAAGAGGCAAAGAAAUUGCAGUCUCCUUUUGAAAAAGAGCUAUUAAAGAGGCACCAGAGGCUGGAUCAGCUGGAGAAGGAGCAGGAGAAGCAGGAAGACCAUGCACCAGAAUUCAUUAAAGUCAAGGAAAACCUGAGAAGAACAUCAACGGUGACAGGGGACGAGAAAGCAGCAUAGCUUCUGCCAAAACCCAACGGGAUCCUGCCAAGGCCAACACCCCCACUGAAAUCUCUGUACAUGGUGGACAUUCCCAGCCACAACAUUGGGGCUUCUUGCAGUUAUUAACACUUGCUCCAGUAGAAGGCACAGAAAAGGUUUCCCCAGACCAGAGGGAAUCACUGUGGGAAAAGUGCAGUAUUCACCAAAGUACUCACACAAGUGGAUGCAGAGGGAAUGGUGUUAUUUCCCCCCCAGACUGUGGGUGCACACUAACCACCAGCUAACUCUUGGUUAACUCUAGAGUCACAGUGAAUAUUUCAAACAGGGAAGUCCGUGUAGGAACAGUUUGGGGGACUCCUGCUUCUCUGUGGAGGCAGAUUUGCCAGGCACAAGGGGAAAAGAGGGCAGCUGCAGCUCUGGAAAGCCUCCUAGAAACCUGGUAACUAAAAGGGACAAUCUGUGUAUUACUGAGAACAGCCCAAGUGACCAUAGUGGCUUCCCCAAGGGUCACUGGCUUUGCACCAGUGUGCCAGUCAAGCUGUGUGUCUCAGCAGCACACCUGUACCAUCAGAAAGACCAACCUCUGUGUGCCCUAACCCGAGCAGCACAGGCAGGUGCAGCUGUACUUCACAAGCACCUUUAGACACCAUUUCAGCCAUUUCAAAGUGGCUUUUUAGGCAGUUCCAUGAUCAGGCAGAAAAUACAUUGGGCUGUUCCAUCAACUCCCCAGGUGGAAGGCAAAUGCUCUGUGCAGAAAGCAAAGGCUGAGUGUUCCCAGUACAGGUGUCCAUGGAAGUGUGCAGUGACCAGGCAGCAGAUCCCUGUAGAUGCAGACAGACAGACAGACAGACAGACAGCUUCUUGCCCCUGCACUUCUGAGCUUCAUCCUCUCUCCCAGCAGCUGGGCAUGUG